GAGGCGAAAUUCCGGCGAGGUUAUCGGGAAAACCAUCGCGCCUUAAUCAUCUGCUGCAAUAUUCUCGGAAGAUCGCUUCAGGCGACCGGAUUCGUCUCCGGAGUGACCCGAGCAGAGACGAUUUGGCGAUGUUCAGGCUAAAUCUGGAGCGUUACGUCGGAGACUGUAGCUUUGGAAUCGGAACAUCGUUUCUCUUUUUAUCUUUCAGCUAUGUUUGAUUGGGACGACGAGGAGUUAUCGGAUAUAAUAUGGGGCGAGACUGGGGGAGAUAAUGAUCAUUUGGUUCCAUAUCCAGUUGAAAAUGAUGCGAAACCUCCUGCGUCACAUGGGGAUAGUGUUGUAGAGGAAUGGAAUAUUGAAUCUUUAAGGGUUAAGCCCGGCCACCAGAAGAAACUUGACACCAAAAGUGACUCACAUAUUAGGUUAGAAAGCAGUUCCAAACAUGCUGCAGAUGAAGCCCGUCCUGCAGUGGCUUUGAGUAUGGAUUCAUGGUCUGGCCUUUCCUCAUGCACCGAACCAUCAAAAAAUUCAACAGAAAUUUCAAAACAUGAAGCAGACGGGUCUAUUCAACAAGGAACCAAUUCUAAGUUUUUUCAGAAGCAGCAAGAGGAUGGGGAGCAAAGUGACUUUGUUGAUUAUGACUGGGAUAGCAUCAGAAGUUUUGAUGACCUCGAUAAGAUCUUUUGCAAUGACGAUCCAAUAUUUGGGCAUGCAACCCUUCCCAACACUGAUGAGCUCUGGUCUUCUACCAAGGAUCUACCAAGUAGUCCAGAGAAGCAUUUUCCCAUGUCUAUCGAGUCCCCAAAUUUGGGGUUAGGAGAACUGAGAAGCACAAUAGAAAACUUUGAGACUGAAGAAGAGUACAUACUAGACCAAUACCAGCCAUUCUCCAGAGCUUAUGAUGAAGUGAAUAAUAUCGCGCCAAAUGUUUCAGAGAUGAUACCCACAUAUGACGGAGACAAAGAAAUUCCCGUCGUGAAGCAACAGACAGCUUUGGAGUUAGGGGGAGAAGUCCCAGCAUUCAGUUUGCAGCUUGACACUAGAGUUAUUGGAACACCUAAUCAACCCACGGGAAAGGAUCUGUGUGGAUCGUGGACAACAUCAAUCAAAGAACUCAAUAGCCAAUAUGCAUCCGUGAACCAGCAAUGCCCGUCGGUUGUCCUUUCUCAGCCAAACCAUCUUCAAGGUCCACAAUCUUUGCAAUACAAUCAAAAUCUAAGCUCUCCUACAUUGGCUUCUCAUGUGCCUGGAGAUUUUGCUAAUCAGUACCAUAUGACUUUUACACCAUUCAAUGCUGGUCCCACACUAAAAAGUGUGACAAUGACGCCCCGGGAGAAGAUUGAAAAAUUAAGGAGGCGACAACAAAUGAGAGCCAUGAUUGCUAUCCAACGGAAGCAACAAGAGUUCAGCGACCAACCCUUAUCUACAAACCAUUCUAUGGAAGUUGAAGGUAGUUUUGGCCCUCUCUCUUCUGUUGUUGACCCAAACUCGCCUUCAGAACAGAAUGGUGGUUCUAGUACAGCUGGCGUUGUGGUUGAAGAUCAUUCCGGGGAAGAAUCUGUACUUAAUCGGCUUCAGGAAAUCAUCUCAAAGCUUGAUAUACGAAUUAGACUCUGCAUCCGAGACAGUUUGUUUCGCCUGGCUCGAAGUGCAGAUCAAAGACAACACACUGAUAAUGACACAAACAGCACAAACAAGGGUAUUCAAGAAUUUGUGGUCAAGCAGGAAGAAUUAAACAGUAACAACAGUAAUUACAAGAUUGCUAGAUUGCCAAAUGUAGAGGCUGAAACUAAUCCAAUAGACCGCACCGUUGCCCAUUUGCUAUUCCAUCAACCCAUGGAUGUCUUGUCAACAAAAGCUGCAGAAUUGCCUCAGCCCCACCCUCCAGAUAAGCUCUACUAUGAUAAUGAAUCCAAGAGGAGCCUGCCCCACAGCCAUCUUGUUACAUCUCAUGGCUUAAAAGCUCCUAGAGCUCAUGCAGAAGGGGAGCAACCCCAACACAACCCUUGUUUGGAGUCUUGUUCUGAGAAUGCAACCAAAAGUGAGGCAGCAGAUAGUGGGGUAAUGGCGGUCGGCCCCCCUUCAAAAUGAAUCAAAUGGGAGACAAGGCCAACUCGAUUCGUGCCUUCAAGAAGUGACCUUUGUAAUGUUGAAGGUACAGAUGAACUUCAUGUGAUUGAUGCCUGUCUUUUGUAUCUCUACUCUUCAUUCAAAGACGUGUUAAGAACCACACCCUCGCCUUCCUCCCCAUUCACGGAUCCAGUAUAUUUUUAGUUUAGCAACAAUAGGAAGUGUAGCAUUAGGCUUCUCUGGGGCUCAGCGGUUUUGCCUUUUCUGCAUUAUUAUGCAUGUAUUUUAGUUUUUGAAUUAGCUCCCUUCUUUCUUGAAUAAGUGUGGCUUAAUAAAAAUUGUUCCCAAUUAAGUCACUUUCAUUAUUAAUAUAUAUCAGUGCUCAAUCUUACACAAUAAUCGUUAUUCAAUGUUCAACUGUGUUCGCUUUGUUUAGUGUUUCAGUUGCUUUUUUUCUUCACACUAUAGACUUACAUUGGAUUCUGAAUUUUUAACCACAUUGUCUAAUCAAAUGCAGACCAAGUCCCAUGAAGUUCAUGUUGCUAAGGGCGUGUUCUUGUGUACUGAGCUAAGUGCUGUAUAUUUGAAUAGACUAGUUAACUACACGUCCUGGAUUUAAACAAGUUGAAAAAAAUAGCUCAAUGGGAAUGAUGCACGAAGGCCUGGUUGGCCUCCCUGAACAUGCCGACAACGACCAACCAUAGUCAUAAUUAUCAAGUUCUUGAUUUUCUGGCUAAACAUCAUAGUUAUAUUCAUGUUUUUUGGGGGGGUUGGGGGGGGGAGUAAAUUAUUAAUACUCCUUCGUCCCAUAAUUAUAUUCAUAUUUUUCUAUUUGGGUUGUCUCAAUUUUUUUAUUUUCUUUUUUAAGGAAAAGAUUGUAUAGUUCGUAUUAUUUCUUUUUCUUUUGCACAAAACACAACUACAAAAGUUCUAUGUUAUUAAAAAUUGUGUCAAUUACACACAAGAAGAUAAUUAUGGGACAGAUGGCGUAGUUGUUGUGGGGAGAAGCAACAAGUAAGAUACAACACCUACAAGGAUCAACUUCAAGACAACCAACCAAACACUUGACCCAAUUUACCACAAUUGAUUAACCAAGCACACAAAAUCAGCAGCACAUCAAAUAAACCACAAUCAAAUAUGAAGAAUAAAGAUGCAAACGACACACGAUUUUUAUACGUGGAAAACCCCUUCGAUGUGAAGGAUAAAAACCACGGGACUUAUAGGGAGUCCGCCCUCUUCUUCUCUUAUUAUGCAAAUUGAGGGUAAAAACACNAUUGGGUCAAGUGUUUGG